AUGAGGCGAGUGCAGAUUACGCAGCUGGACCCUGUCGCCAGAGACUCUCUGCAAGGAGCCCCCACGAACGGCGCCACCGUUUUUGCCAUGCGCCAUGGCAACAAGAAGGCAAAGCUGAACCUCCCUGCAGACCAGCGGAAGGCCCUCAUUCGCGGUCUUGUCACCCAGGUCCUGAGGCACGGCAAGAUCCAGACCACCAAGGCCCGCGCAAAAGCCAUCCGGAAACACGUCGACCACAUCAUCACGCUGGCCAAGAAUGGUAGCCUGCACGCGCGUCGGCAGGCUCUCGGCUUCGUGUACGACCCGGAGCUGGUCAAGUCUGUGUUCGAACAGGCGGCCAGCCGGUAUGGUGAGAGGCCUGGAGGCUACACGCGAGUCAAGCCCGUGAUCCAGCCUAGGCGAGGCGACUCUGCUGAGAUGGCCACCAUUGAGCUUGUGUGA